AUGAGCAAGAGGCAGUGCUUAUAUGAGUCCGACGAGCCGGAGCCGACUAUGGAGGAUUCGGGCAUCGACGAAGAUUCCAACGAGUCCUCAACGGCGUCACUGUGGUUAAGCAUCCUUAACUUUGAGAAAGAGAAUGGCCGUACUUACUACGCCUUUAACCGUGGAAAGUAUCUGUAUCCGAACGAUGAGAUAUUGGAAGGCCGGCUUGCGCUCUGCCCCGCGAAUGCCAGCUCCACGAGGGUGCUGGAUGCUGGUACUGGAACUGGUGUUUGGGCAAUAGACUAUGACGACCUCGAACAUACAUGGAUAUGGACUAAGCCUUUCGACUUUAUCUUCGCUCGAGGCAUGAUUGGAAGUUUCCGGGAGCCAUAG